CGGGGCAGCAUGCUGGCGGCGGCCCGGCAGCGGCGGCGCUGAGUCGGUGCCGCGGCGGCGGCGAUGCGGUUGCUCGGCGCCUUCCUGCGGGUGCUGGUGGCCGGGGCGCUGGGUGCGCCGCCAGCCCCGGCCCCGGAGGCGCGGGAGACCGCCAGCGCCGAGUCGCACGUCCUGACCUUUCGGGAGAUAUGGAAUCGUAGUUUCUGCCGGCCUCUGGAGCAGCUGGUAGACGUCAUUACCGAGUUCCCCAACGAGGUGGAGUACAUUUUCAGACCCUCCUGCGUGUCCCUGCAGCGCUGCGGAGGCUGCUGUGGGGAUGAGGGUCUCCGCUGUGUCCCCGUGGAGACGAACACAGUCACCAUGCAGCUUCUGAAGAUAAAGCCAAACGGAGAAGCACCCUACGUGGAGAUGACGUUCACUGAGCACAAGCAGUGCGAGUGCAGGCCCCGGCAGGACCUGAUGAAGCUGGGAAGGAGACGGUCCAAGGGCCGAGAUGCGGCACCCCACGCAGGUAGCCCCCGCUCUGCCCUGGCCUUGCUCCUGCUUUCCCCCAGCGAAGGAGCUCGUGGAGCCGUGCCCCUCCAGGCAGUGGUGAGGAGCAGGACUCCGGCAGGGAAGAGCUGACGGGUCUCUUGCUUGGCCCUGGUGGGGAUGCAGCCUGGAACUGAGGACUCCCUUGCUCCGUCUGCACCAUCAGCAGCAGAACAAAAGGACCCAUGAGCAGGCCUGGGGCUGAAGCGGAGGAGCUCAAGCAGUGUUGUGUUCCAGGGUAGCCUGGGGCAAUGAGGAGCAGCGGAGAUGGUUCAGAUGGAUGCAGCUGCAAAACUGCUCUGUCCUGCAGCGCCCUGCAGCUGAGAAGGAAGGAAACUUGGGGCAGGCAGGGCUGCCAGACUGUGUCCAUCCUAGCCUUGGCAUGGAGGCAGCCCAGAAGAGUGCCAGGGAGCUUACCUGGGAAGCCCUCCUGGUGGCAAAGGGGAGAGAAUGGGGGAUUGGUAGGACACUCCCCACGUACUCAGAGCCACAUCCCAGCCUUGCCCUGCUCAGUAAAAGCUGGUGGUCAGACUCCUGAGCUGGCAGUGUGAGCACUCCUGGCUGCCUUCCAGCAGCUGCAGGCGGGGCUCUUCCCCAGGGGCUGCAGGGUCCUAUGCUGGCCCAGGGCUUGUCCCUGGCAGCAGCUCCUGCAGCACCAAGGGCCUGCAGAGGGGCAACCACCAGGUUGGGACCAAGCUGCUCUCCUGGCUGGGGGCUACCCAAGUGCUGAUGCUCAGUGGGUACUGGGAGGCCCUUGGGAGAACUGCUCUUCUCUAUACCAUGGAAUGGGACCAAUACCUCUCCCUGUUUACCAUCACUUUCCUGCUCUUGCCCCAAUCCAAACCUCUAGCUCACUGUCCGGUGACUUUUCUUCUCUCUGGCAGGGCUGAUGCAAAGUUGGGGCUCUGUUAGGCUGCCUUCCCACCCAAGAAAUACCCACCAAGGCUCAUUUGCCUGACAUGGGCGUGAGCUGGCCUAGGGGCCCUGUCUCUUACUAGGAGCAUCCUGGGGUAUGUAGGAGACUGGUGGCCUCAUUGAGGUGGUGACUGUGAGUGCUGAUGUUUUGUCCUUUCCUCAUUGAGACAGAUCUGUGCCCAGGCCUGGGGGACAGCCCCAGCCCUUGUUUCCUAUGUGUGUUAAGUAGUGUCCCUGAGGCUCUGCCUCACUAGGGCUGGUGGCCGAAUGCAUCCCAUGCUGCUCUGUGCAAACUACCCUGGAGCAGUGCACGUAGCUGGAAACCCUGAGGGUGAGAUGGGUGCCAGCAUGCUCAUGGGGCAGCCCUGACACAGGGCUAAAAUGAAAUCAAGGGUUAUUCUAGAAAGUUUAAAGAAAAAAGCUGGAGGGCAAGAUGUGCAAAGGCUUGCUUACUAUUAAUUGGGGUCGCCUGAGGUUUAUCCUGUGCUGAGGAACAGGAGUGGAGUCUAAUGUAGCAGGUGUUGAGGCCAAGGCAGCUGCUCCCCACAUCUGAAAUGGCAGCUUGCAGCUGAGGCAGGCUCCCUCAGAGCCAUAAGGCUGGGGCUGGCACAAGGGAACAGGGACAGGCCAGUGGGACCCUGGCAGGGAAUGCUGGUGGUGGGUGUUGAGGUGGGGUGCACCUCCAUACUGCCACCAGGCACUGUGGCAUGGACUCACGGAGUUGCAGCUGUGCAGCUGAGUAUAUGCUCCAGGAGCUUGCUGGAUCCCCUUUGCACCCCAUUUCCACUUUUGGCAUCCACAGUGUUGUGAGGCACGGCCUACGUGGGCUCUGCCUCAACAACAGCCCAUGAAGCUCCUCCUUGGAUGCGUCGUGGGUGAGGGGGACUCACUGUCCCCUUUUCACCCAGUUAGGGGCUGGGUGGGCCAUGUGGCACCCUGGCUCUGAUGACCUGUUCUUGUCUGUGCAGGCUUUUCCCCCUCCCUGCCUUGUGCCGUUUCAGCCUCGUGCUGUGAGGCUGAGAACUGUGCAGCCCUUGAGGGACACACGUGGCAGUUUCUGUUUCCAACAGUAAAAGUUUCACCUUGGUAGCAUUAAAUAUUUAAAACAGAAGUUGCAUAAACCCAAAGAUGUUAAUAAAAUAAAUUUGUCAAGA